AUGUCGAUGAAUAUUAAUGAUAUAACAGCUAAAAUUGAUAUCAUCAAGCAGUUAAUGGUUGAGACAGAUCUAUACAACACAAAUUCCAUAAAACCAAACAAAGAAAAACUCGAUGUUAUAAAAAAGCAAAUCGAUGAUCUAGAUGAAAAGGUAACACUUGUUCAGGAAACUGAUGGUUCCAUUCCUGAAGAAAUCCUCGAGCAAAUUAGGCAUAUUCACGAUGAUUUUACAUUACUAGCUGGUACCGGAUCAGAUGAAUCAAGUGAUGAGCAGAUAGAACGCCAAGAAAUCAAUAUAGAUAUACCAGAAGAUGCAAAAAGUACAGGAUCUUCAAUUAUCGAAUCAAAAGAUAGCGAUACAGAUACGCCAGAGCCAAAAACAACACAACGAGACUUUCUACAGUCAUUAAUUAUAGCAAUUCUCUUUUGUAUUGUCUUUGCAUUAAUGUGGUCUUAUCUUGUUUAA